GAGAGCAGCUGCUGGUGAGUCUGCUGAAGGAGAGCAGCCUGGUGUAUGACCUGCUAGAGCUCAGCAUGCAACACAUACCCCUGACCACCGGGGGAAGCCUUCACACACAUGCACACUGACAUCACAAUUCUGAGGUGUAUUAAGAUCCAAGAUGUCGGACCGUUGUUUUCAAGACCAAAUUACCAGACUCCCCUUCAGCCACCCUGGGAUGGUAGUCAUGGCAACAUAGAGGCUAAUCUCCAGUGGACAGAGAAAGAGAGAGGGAGAGAAUGAAAGAGUGAAGAGGCUGAUGACCGUGGUGAGUACAGCCAUGUAGAAGAUGCAGAGGGAGCGAGAGACUGGGAGAUGAAGAUUGGCUGGAGGAGGAGAGGAAUAGGAACGGAUUCAACCGCUGCCACUGGUCGCAAGGAGCGCCUGGUAGGAGAGGGGAUAGAGUGUUUCCUAGAGAGGAGGGCGAGGAGGAAGGGAGAGAAGGAGGAGGGAGAGGGGCAGCCGCCUUCGUGCGGUGACUGGCUCUGAUGGCUCCCCGGGAGAGUCAGAGACAGAAACACCGCGGCUGGGGAGGGACAGGAGGUAUUUUGGAAGUGACGUGGGUUCAGAGGAGGGUGUGUUUUGGUUCGGGACGAGAGGAAAGGGGAGGAACAUGGCAGCGCAGUCUGAUGGAGGGGGAGAAAUGGAGGAAGGAGUGGGGGAGGGGGUGUUUGAUGGAGACACAGAGGAAGACUGUCAGCCUCUGGACUCUGCAGCUAUCCACAUCUGCCUCUGCUGUCACUCUGCUGUCUGCUACUGGGGCUGUCGCUCCAACUGUCUGGGAAACCUGCUGGGGAAAGACACUACUGGAAGGAUCGGGGAUACCGGAGUUGGAGGUGGUAGGAGUUUGAGGGAGACUCGCUGCCCACCAGAGGAGGGACUGUGGCUGGACUGUCUCUGGUUGAUCCUGGCUCUCCUCGUCUUCUUCUGGGAUGUGGGAACAGACCUGCUUCUCGCUGCAGACUACUAUGACAGACAGGACUAUCUGUGGUUUGGCCUGACGCUCUUCCUGGUGCUGGUGCCGUCGAUUGUAGUUCAGAUACUGAGCUUCCGCUGGUUCAUCCAGGACUACAGCGGAGAGUGUCUGACCACCUGGCUGGGGACGGUGGACUGCAGCAGGGGAGGAGAGAGAGAAAAGCUGACCAGGCAAGGGCCAACCGGCCACAGGGGGGUUUAUCCUGGAACAGAUCGGGUCAGAGUGGCCUCAGUCUGGCUGUGGCAGAUCACCAUACACAUUCUACAACUGGGACAGGUCUGGAGGUAUAUCCGUACUUUAUACCUGGGUAUCCAGUCCCACCGUAUGAAGGAGCAUAAGGAGGCACAGAGGAGGUUCUACUGGGCCAUGAUGUUUGAGUACGCAGACGUCAACAUGCUGCGGCUACUGGAGACCUUCCUGGAGUCAGCUCCUCAACUAGUACUACAGCUCUGUAUUAUGAUACAGCAGAACAGGGCUGAGACUCUACAGUGUAUAUCUAGUCUAGGCUCUCUUCUGUCUCUAUCCUGGGUGUUGGCCUCGUACCACAAGCUCCUGCGCGACUCCAGAGACGACCAGCGCAGUCUGAGUUAUCGCGGUGCCCUCCUCCACCUUCUCUGGCGCCUCCUCACCAUCUCCUCCCGCGUUCUCUCUCUCGCCCUCUUCGCAUCCCUCUUCCACCUGUACUUUGGCAUCUUCGUGGUGCUCCACUGGUGUGGCAUGGCCCUGUGGGUGGUGCAUGGCGGAACAGACUUCUGUAUGUCUCGCUGGGAGGAGGUUUUGUUUAACAUGGUGGUGGGCAUCGUCUACAUCUUCUGUUGGUUCAACGUCAAGGAGGGACACACCAGGGGACGCAUGGUGGCUUACUACUCUGUGGUACUGGCUGAGAACACACUGCUUACUGGACUGUGGUAUGUGUAUCGUGACCAUGAAGAGACAGACAGCUACGCGGUUCCAGCGUUGUGUGGUGUCUACCUGUCCUUUACGGGUGGAGUACUGGUGAUGCUUCUGUACUACGGCCUUCUUCACCCCUCACACACACACCCCACCCCGGCAUCGACCUGGUGUGAUGAGCUGCUGUGGGGUAACCCCUUGCCCCCUUCAGCUCCGCCCACCCCAGCCCACCUUGCUGCCCCGUUUCACAGUGAUGACAUCAUCGCAGAAGGCUGUCUGCCGGUGUUCCAGGUGCGUUUGGAGCCCCCCACCUCGAGGCGUUUCGAAGGUCCUCUGAUAAAGAUUGACAUGCCCAGGAAACGUUACCCAGCCUGGGACGCUCACUACGUGGACAGACGGCUGCGAAGGACCAUCAACCUACUACAGUACCUGACGCCUGCAGCUGCAGGCAUACGAUACAGGGACAGACCUCUGCUCUAUGAACUACUGCAGUACGAGUCUUCUUUCUGACACAUACACACAUAGACAAACACACAUAUUUACAAGUGCGCACAUGUAACCGAUGUGAAAUGGCUAGCUAUUUAGUGGUGCUCGCUAGUAGUGUUCAACCGGUGACCUCAUCCGCUCUGACCUAGAAGUAGUUGUUUCCCUUGCUAUGCAAGGACCACAGCUUUUGUGGAGUAACAGGUAACGAUGCUUUGUGGGUGAUGGUUGUCCAUCUGUUCAGAGGGUCCCUGGUUCAAGCUCAGGUUGGGGCAAGGAGAGGGACGGAAGCGACACUGAUACACACAAAUGUGACUCUUCUCUCUGUUUUUAUCUCUUCAUCUCUGUUUUGUAUUCCUCACUCUGCUGAGAAUACUGGAUGGUGACAGAAGACAGCAUGUCAUGUUAUUUUCACAUCUUCAUGAAUAAUACUAAAAGAUAAUAUGAAAUUAGAAAAAAUGUGAAUGUAAUUUAAACAGCGGCCUGAAAGCUGUCUCCUAUAGCUGGGAGUUUAUUAUCUUUAGUUUGGUUAACUGGGUGUGCAUUCUCUUUAGUUUGGUUAGCUGGGAGUUUAAUAUCUUUAGUUUGGUUAACUGGGAGUUUAUUCUCUUUAGUUUGGUUAACUGGGUGUGUAUUCUCUUUAGUUUGGUUAACUGGGUGUUUAUUCUCUUUAGUUUGGUUAACUGGGUGUGUAUUCUCUUUAGUUUGGUUAACUGGGUGUUUAUUCUCUUUAGUUUGGUUAACUGGGUGUGUGGUCUCUUUAAUUUUUAACUGAAUGUGUAUAUAUUUAUAUGUACAGAGAUGUGUGUGUGUACUGUGUGUGUUGUGCCUGAUCUGUGAGUCAUAGUAAAUUAUGUUUGCUUGUUUGUUUGCUCAGGAAGGCACAACAUUACAGAACGUUAAGAUAGACAUGAAUUGUGUAGAACAGAUAAGAUUUUCUGUCAUGUAGAAUACGGAUAUGUGAUUCUCUUUCUGAUGAACUCAUCCCUGAGGUCGUCAUGGUGACAGAGACCUUUACCUGACUACGUCUGACCAUCCCUCCACCAAUCAACACUAAGCCUUCCACCGAUCAACUUUAUAUGGUGCAAAUAUAUAUGAAUAUACAGUACCAGUCAAAAGUUUGGACACACCUACUCAUUCCAGGGCUUUUCUUUAUUUUUACUAUUUUCUACAUUGUAGAGUAAUGGUGAAGAUGUCAGAACUAUGAAAUAACACAU